UUUCCAGAAAAAAAUUUCUGCAAAUUUCCAUCCAUAAAAUUCAAUGCAUGAAAUUUUGAAAAUAGAACUCAAUUAAGGGAUCUGGAAAAUACUUCUGAAUCACUAAUACCCCAAUUAUGCCCAAGUCACCAUCAAGGUACCAUUAAAUCCACAAGCUUUCUCUGUUCUUUUCCAUUUGUGUUUUCUUUUUCUUUUUUCCUUCAAGAUUGCAAGGUGACAACAAAGAUUCCUUAUUAACUAGUGUCCACCAACAAAUUAAAGAAUCAUCAAACUAGACCGAGUCAAUCAUAUUUCAUAGUUUUUCUGAUGAAGAAACUUCACUUGUAAACGUAAUCUUCAGUCUUGAAAGCAAUUAAUUAGACAAAUUUGUAAAAGAAUAUACAGGCAAUACACUUUCUUCUCAUCUGCACAAGACAAGAAAAAGGUUAUGAAUCCUGCAACGCAGUGGACGGCUGCCUCUCUCUCACACUCUCUAUAAAAGGCAGAUCAUCACAUUUUCCAGAAAGAUUCUAAUUGUCCACUACUGUUAAACCCUUUUCUUGACAAGUUGAAGCUUUCACUUGGGUACACUUUGAAAUGGCUCUUGAAACUAUCCUGUCAGGGCUUAUUGCUGCCUUAACUUGCUCUCUUGCCCUGGCUGAUCUCAGUCCUCUUCAAGAUUUCUGUGUGGCUGACCCCAGCAAGUCAGUUCUAGUGAAUGCUUUGGCGUGCAAGGACCCAAAGCAGGUUCAAGCAAGUGAUUUUUCCUUUAGCGGUCUUCACAUAACAGGCAACACAACGAACCCUGUAGGUUCAAAGGUGACUCCAGUUACAGCAGUCCAAUUGCCAGGACUAAACACACUUGGGAUAUCCAUGGCUCGUGUAGAUUUUGCACCAUGGGGUAUUAACCCUCCACACACACAUCCAAGGGCUACUGAAAUAUUGACUGUUGUGGAAGGUAGUCUCGAAGUAGGGUUUGUGACUUCUAACCCAGAAAACAGGCUUAUUACGAAAGUGCUUAAAAAAGGUGAUGCGUUUGUGUUCCCUGUCGGUCUUGUCCACUACCAGAGAAAUGUUGAAAACGGUAAUGCUGUAGCCAUUGCUGCUCUCAGUAGCCAAAACCCUGGUGUUAUUACUAUUGCCAAUGCAGUUUUUGGAUCCAAUCCUCAGAUUGCUAGUGAUAUUCUUGGAAAGGCUUUCCAAGUUGACAAGAACGUGAUCUAUAAGAUCCAAGCUAAGUUCUAAUCCUUUUAGUCAAUCAUUAAUCGGGUUGGCGCACCUAUGUCAAAGGAUCAUUGAUCUUCAGAAUUUUUCAAUGUGCUUUUCAGAGUGUAAUAGUCUGGUUUGUUUCAUGUGUAUUCACUUGAGAAUCAGUUGAUGAUUUGUAAUGAAUUUGUCUAUUAUUAUUUCU